AUGGGUAUUUUCAAGCUUCCCAAACAGUUAGUUCAAGAACUCAACAAACUGGUAAGGAACUUCUGGUGGGGGCAGCAGAACCAGGAUUCAAAAAUCCACUGGGUGGGCUGGAACCAGAUGAAGAAAGGCUCUUUUGGAGAUGCACCUCAUCAGGCCAGUUCACUGUCAAGUCAGCCUACCAUCUCUUAUGAAUUGGAAGACCAAGCUAGGGGACAAUCCUCAAACCUCAGAACACAUCAAGCUCCAUGGACUAGAUUAUGGAACUUAAAUCUCCCCAAUGCCACUAAAACAUUCCUUUGGAGAGCUUGUCUAAAUGCCCUUCCCACUCGAGAUAAUCUAAAGAAAAGAAAGGUGACAGAAGACUCAGCUUGCCCCAUCUGUCUACACCCAACAGAGACCAUUGAACACACACUGUGGGAUUGCCCUUCAGCAAGGGAUGUUUGGGCACUGAGUAAUAGGAAAUUUCAAAAGGCUAGCACACCUUCUCCUUCAUUUGCAGAGAAAUUAGAAAGUUUAGAGGUCACAAAGGAGACAAAAGAGUUACUCCUUUUUGCCAUUACAACAUGGAAUCUUUGGAAAAGAAGAAAUGAAGCAGUCUUCCAAGGUCACCUCACUCACCCCUCCUCUGUAGUCAAUCAAUCUCAACAAUUGGUGGGGGUGGGAGUUAUUCUACGUGAUUGGAAGAGCAAAGUGCUAGCCACCUUUCGGAUGAAACAAGACUUGUUCCCUGACCCUCAUAUGGCAGAAGCAUUUGCAGCCCUCCAAGCAGUCAACUUUUGCAAAUCACUUGGUUAUCAAGACAUAAUUCUGGAAGGAGACUCCUUAUUGGUGGUAGAAGGCCUAAAAUCAAAGUCAGAUGAUCUCAACUAUACAGGCCUGAUCACAGCAGACACCAAAGACAUUCUCAACACCUUUAACUCAUGGUCAACAAGGCACAUUGUUAGAUCAAUCAAUGUAGUUGCUCAUGCCUUAAGUAAGGAUGCUUUUAGCAUCAGUGGUCGUACCACUACUUUUGUAAACAUUUCAUCAUGUAUUCAAACUAUGGUUUCAUAG